UUCCAUUGGAAGAGAGCUAUGUUCAGCCUUAUGUGCUGUGGCCAAAAAGUGCAUCUAUGUCCUACAUAUUUGGCAUCAUUGAUAGGCUCCGAACGUCUCUCCAGAGUAAGGGCACUUAAAUUUGGCACAAUGAUGGGCAUGGCAAGUCUCUCUAGGAAUCUUUGGGUCCUCCAGUGCAACUCUGUGGUCAACGUCCGACAGACACUGACCAUAGAGUUGCCCUGGAGGAGCCACAAAGGCCUAGUAGAGUGUCCUCUCUAGGAAUCUCUAGGCCUUUCAGGGAUGUUUUACAUUUGACACCCACUGCUUUAGGGUUUGCUCAAGUACGUCCAAAGCGAGAGGGGGGGCGGUCAAUCGUAGUAAUAAUAACGCUUGUCAAAUUAAUACUUUUCUCUGUGCUCCAGCGUUUGUUCCAGCGCCACCUGUUGCACCGGUCAGCGCGCCGGCGCCUAUGCCGCCGGUUCACCCGCCGCCCCCCAUGGAAGAUGAGCCAGCCUCCAAGAAACUGAAGUCUGAGGACAGCCUGAUGCCCGAGGAGGAGUUUCUGCGUAGAAACAAGGGUCCGGUCACCGUCAAGGUCCAGGUGCCCAACAUGCAGGAUAAGACCGAAUGGAAGCUGAAUGGUCAAGUGCUGGUCUUCACCCUCCCUCUCUCGGACCAGGUAGGCACCCCAAGUUUGCCCUAAGCGAC